UCCGAGGAGCAGCCCCAGCAGCGCCAGAAGACCAAGAUGCUCAUCCUGGGCUUCUCCAACCCCGUCAACUGGGUCCGGACGCGGAUCCUCGCCUUCCUCAUCUGGGCCUAUUUCGACAAGGAGUUCAGCAUCAAGGAAUUCUCCGAGGGGGCGAAGCAGGCUUUUGCUCAUGUGUCCAGAUUGCUGUCACAGUGUAAAUUUGAUCUGCUGGAAGAACUUGUGACCAAAGAGCUGCUGCUUGUGUUGAAAGAAAAGGUUACUUCACUUCCUGACAGCCACAGAGAUGCUCUUGCUGCUGACAUGGAUGAGAUUGUGUACACCUCCACAGGAGACAUCUCCAUUUACUACGACGACAAAGGAAGGAAGUUUGUUAACAUCCUGAUGUGCUUUUGGUAUCUAACCAGUGCCAACAUCCCCAGUGAAACUUUAAGCGGAGCGGGUGUGUUCCAGGUUAAGUUGGGGAAUCAGAACGUGGAAACUAAACAACUUCUUAGUGCAAGCUAUGAGUUUCAGAGGGAGUUUACACAGGGAGUGAAGCCCAACUGGAUCAUUGCACGGAUUGAUCACGCCAAGUUACUAGAAUAAUCUUGGGAAAAUCGGCUUAUUUGAACUUUCAGCAAAUGCUGUGAAAAACUAAGGAAGAAUUUGGAUCAGUUGAUCUUCACUUAGUCAAGUCUGUGGAUGACUUUUGCAUUAUUCUGAAAUACCCCUUGCAGUAUACUGACAUGACAUAAUACAGCAUUUCCACAGAUCGUUGUCAUAAGAGAGGUCAACAGCCCAUUGUUGGUGUCACAUCCACUAUCAUCUGUAACGUUACACAUAUGUGUAUAUAUACACAAACUAAUUUUAUAGACAAUAAAGAAGUACUGAAAAAACUACA